GCCACACGAGCUGAGAUCUUUGGUCUAUAAGGUUCUGGCUAUGGACCAGUGUCUCCGCACAGGACAACAGCCCUUGUGUCUGGGGACUCCACAGGAGGAUGGCUUUGCAGGACCCUCAGUAGAGUCUGACAAGAUAGAGUCAUCUCUUCGAAGUUUCCAGAAAUUUGUUCCUACAGACCUUGCCAGCUACACCCAGGAGCAUUAUCGGUUUGCAGGCAAGAAGAUCAUCGUCCAAGAAUCCAUUGAGAACUAUGGCACAGUGGUGUGGCCAGGGGCUACAGUUCUGUGCCAGUACUUGGAAGACCAUACUGAAGAAUUAAAUCUCCAAGAUGCUAAAGUACUUGAAAUCGGUGCUGGACCAGGACUUGUUUCCAUCGUGUCCUGUCUUUUAGGAGCUCAAGUCACAGCAACAGAUCUGCCUGAUGUCCUAGGAAAUCUUCAAUACAAUCUUUUAAAAAACACACUGGAAUGCACAGCUCAUCUACCUGAAGUGAAGGAGCUGGUAUGGGGGGAAGACCUGGACAAGAAAUUCCCUAAGUCAAACUUUUACUACGAUUACAUCCUGGCCUCUGACGUGGUCUAUCACCACUACUUUCUCGACAAGCUUCUGGCUACCAUGGUGUACCUUUCCCAGCCAGGCACUGUGGUGCUCUGGGCAAACAAAUUCAGAUUCAGCGCCGACUAUGACUUCUUAGAUAAGUUCAAGCAAGUUUUUGAUACCACUCUCGUGGCUGAACAUUCGGAGUCAUCAGUGAAGCUUUUUAAAGGGAUACUAAAAUGGGACUGAUGUGUAAAGAGCCUUUCAAAGUAUCAGUGUCUUGUGAGCUCUCAGAAGGCACACUGUACCGUACUGAUAUAGCUAGAAUAAGUGCAACUCAAUACGACAGCUUUACAAGAUGAU